ACAUUCGGUAAGAUAUGAUAGUAUUUAGAUCUAUUAAUAUAAAUACUUUUUACGUCGUAUACGAUAUAAAAUAUGAUAAUAGAGACUAUCAGUAAACGAAUAGAAAUACGCAAUAUGAAUAUUUUGUUAUCAAUAUCAAUAUCAUCAUCAAUUUAAUGAUCUUCUUGUAGUGUAUGAUUUACAUAAUUUUGUAUUGCAAAAUUACAAUUUGUAAUAUUGAAGAUAAGAAAUAUUAGUCAUUGCUACAAUGAAGUGUCACUAUGAGAUAUUAGGGGUACCACGAAAUGCUUCUGAUGAUGACUUAAAAAAGGCUUACAGAAAACUAGCUUUAAAAUGGCAUCCAGACAAAAAUUUAAAUAAUCCAGAAGAAGCAAAGGAACAGUUUCAGCUUGUUCAACAAGCUUGGGAAGUAUUAAGUGAUCCUCAUGAACGUACCUGGUAUGACAACCAUCGUGAAGCUAUUUUAAAAGGUGGUAUUGAUGGAGAUUAUAAGGAUGACUCUAUUGAUCUCUUUCAAUAUUUCUCAACUACUUGUUUCAAGGGUUAUGGAGACGAUGAAAAAGGAUUUUAUACUACUUAUCGUAAUGUAUUUGAAAAAUUAGCAGUCGAGGACAUAGAAUUUGCAAAAGAAAAAGAUUUAGAUGAAGAAAUUCCAGGAUUUGGAGAUUCACAAAGUUCAUAUAAAGAAAUUGUUCAUAAAUUUUAUGCUUAUUGGCAAAGUUAUAACACAAAAAGAUCAUUUGCAUGGUUAGAUCCUUAUGACAUUAGAGAUGCUCCUAAUAGAAAAGUCGCACGUCUUAUUGAGAAAGAAAAUAAGAAAGUUCGAGACAAAGCUAAGAAAGAAAGAAAUGAACAAGUAAGAAAUUUAGUUGCAUUUAUACGUAAACGUGAUAAACGAGUACAGGCUCAUAUAAUUAAGCUUAGUGAACAUGCAAAAGAAAAUUUGAAAAAGGUAGAAGAACGAAGAAGACAACAAUUAUUAGAAAGACAAAAACAAUUAAAAGAACAUAAAGUAUCAGAAUGGUCAACAUCUACAAACAUAGAGGCCGAACUUAAAAAUAUUGAAGCUAAUCUUGAUCAAGAAUUUGGAGAAGAUUUAUCUUCUGAAGGAGACAUGGAUGAUGAAAAUGCAAUAGAUGAUAAUUCUCUGUAUUGUGUAGCUUGCAAUAAAAUAUUUAAAACACAUAAAGCAUUUAAAAAUCAUGAAAACUCUAAAAGACAUAAAGAUAAUAUUGCAAUGAUAAAACUAUCUAUGAUGAAAGAAUGUAACAAAUUUGGAAAUGUUCAAGAAAGUGAUGUUAAUUCUGAAUCAAUCUCACAAUUUGAGAAAAAACUAGCAACAGAUUCACAAAUUCCUGAUUUUUUAUUAAAUCCUGUUCAAAAUAAUAUGGAGAAUAAAAGUAGUGCUGAAAAAGAAAUUUCAGAGGCAGAAUUAAUAUCAGAUGAUGAAGAAUUUAAGGAUUUUGCAAAACCAGAAGGAAUAAUGUGCUAUCCAGAAGAAUCUAAAUUUGCUGUGGAAUCUCAGAUGGACGAUUUCCUCCGUGUAUCACCUAAAGUACUGAAAUAUAAUAAUGAAUAUACAACUUCUGAAGAUGAGCUUAUUUCUGACCAAGAAAAUAAAGAAAUUGUGCGACCUAAGAAACAAAAAAAGAAAAAACAGAAAAAGAAUGUUCAGAGUCUAGUAGUAGAACAAAUUAGUGACGAAGAUCUAAAUAUCAAUGAAGAUAUUUUGUUAUCAAAAAAACAACGCAAAAAACAGCAACACAAGCAGACAAUAUUAAAUAAAGUUGUUGAAAAUAAUCAAAAAUUGUCCAAUGAUGAAAUAAGGAAAUGUGAGGAAGAGAUAAUCAAAGAAAUAGAUGAAAGAGAAUUAUUACCUAAUAAUUUAGAAACAAGUACUGCAAUUAAUGAGAAAUCUAAAAGUAAGAAGGCUAAAAGUGCAAAAAGAAAAUCUUUAGAAAAUGAAAAUGGAGGUAAAAAUAGGAAUGGAUCACAAAGCAUUGAAGUGCCAGAUUUAGCACAUUGUUGUGUCAUGUGUAAACUUGAAUUUCCUAGUAAAAAUAAAUUAUUUGAACACUUGAAAAAGACAGGACAUUCUGUAUAUAUACCAAGUUCAGUGAAAAAUAAAAGAAAUCAAGAAAAAUUGAGUAAAGGCAAGGGGAACAAUGAUAAAAGGAAUUCUAAUUUAAGGUCCAGAAUUAUGGCUGCCAAAAAGCUAAUUUAUCCUGCAGCUGAACGUAACAAAAGUCCAAUUUUGUCAGUUCUUCAAAAAUAUAUUCAGCAUAGUCCAGAUAAAACUUUCUUGGAAAUUGCAUCUGGUUCUGGACAACAUAUAGCCUAUUUUGCUACCCAUUUUCCUCAAAUUUCAUUUUAUCCUUCAGAAUAUGAAUCAAGGCUAUUCGAAAGUAUUGCAGCUCAUACAAAUGGACUUAUAAAUGUGAAAGACCCUUUAAAGAUAGAUAUUACAACAGAUUUUCAUACUUGGGGUAAUAAUAUCUUUAAAGAAGCCAAUAUUGAUUAUAUAUAUAAUGCGAAUAUGAUACAUAUUUCACCUUAUCAGUGUUGUGUUGGUUUAUUUAAUAAUGCGGGUAAACUGUUAAAGGAUGAUGGUAUUUUAUUUACAUAUGGACCUUAUGCUAUAGACGGAAAAAUAACGCCAGAAAGUAACGUUAAUUUCGAUAAAUCAUUGAAGCUUCAAGAUUCAAACUGGGGCCUGAGAGAUAUUAAUGAUCUGAAGGCAUUAGCAGAAAAGAAUGGUAUUAAUGAAGACACUGCUCGAUUUAAUAUAGACAUUAAAUUAGAUGUGUUCAAUUUCUCCAAAACAAUGACUCUACAACGACUCAAAAGUGCGGAAUUUAAGCUGAAAGAAGGAUUUUCUGUUGUUGCACCAAUUAGUGUAAUGAUACCAGAUUCAACAUGUGAGGAAAAUUCUUUAGAACAGAUGGGACAACAAAUUUUAUCAUUGUCCAUGUCUCAAUCUACAAUACGAAUAUAUAAAUAUAAACACAUUAUACCUAAUAAUUAUAAAAACAAUCAAAUUUGUGCAAUGAUAGUUCGUCGAAGGCGAAGGACAUUAGAUAACAAGCAAUCGCAGGUGCAAAGCGCCAAGUUUGAUUAUGAACAUAUUUCUACCAAUUGUGUCGAAAAUGUUGUCGAACAGGAGGAGAAAGACGGAGAAAUUGUUUCAAAUGUAAUUGAGAAGUUUAAGACGCUAGAAACGCUAAAAACUCGAAUUAAAAUCAGUCUCGAAGUUGAUUUAAUUUCAGUUAUUUUAUUAGUAAGUGGAAUUGUUACUCGAUUUUAUCGUUUAGAAGAACCACGGAGUAUAGUGUUUGAUGAAUUGCAUUAUGGAAAAUAUAUAGGACUUUACAUGAAAAGAACAUUUUUUUUUGACUCACAUCCUCCUUUGGGAAAACAGCUUAUUUCUGCAGUAGCGUAUUUAGCUGAUUUCGAUGGUCAAUUUAAAUUUGACAGGAUAGGAAGCCCUUACGCAGAUAUUGUCCCUUUGUUCGCAUUACGAUUAGUACCGGCAUUAUGCGGCAGUCUAUUAAUUCCGACAGCCUAUCAUUUGAUCUUAGAAUUAGGUUUAAAACAAUGGACUGCUGUUUUGGCGGGAAUUUUAUUACUAUUCGACAAUGCUUUAUUAACACAAUCUAGAUUUAUUCUAAUGGAAAGCAUUCUAAUGCAGUUUUCAUUAUUUGGACUGAUAUGUAUUAUCAAAUUCAGAAAAGUAAUGGAUCGACUAACAUGUUUAUCUUGGUGGAUAUGGUUAAUUUUGGGCAUUACUAAUUUAACAUGUGCAUUGUGUGUAAAAUAUGUUGGAUUAUAUUCAUUGAUCCUUGCAUUAUUUUUAAUUGCUUAUGAUUAUUGGAAUCUAAUAGCAAGAAAAACUUUAUCUAACGCAAUAUUAUGCAUUCAUCUUAUGAUAAGAAUAUUGAUAAUAUUAAGUGUUAUUUGUACUGUUUACUUGACUGUAUUUUAUAUACAUUUAACAAUACUCUCUAAAGCUGGACCACACGACUCAGUGAUGACAAGUGCUUUUCAAGCAAGUCUAGAUGGUGGUCUUGCUAGCAUUACAAAAGGCCAACCUUUAGAAGUUACGCAUGGAUCACAGAUUACCUUGAGACAUACAUAUGGAAGAGCUUGUUGGCUUCAUAGUCAUAGUCAUAUGUAUCCAUUAAGAUAUCCAGAUGGAAGAGGCAGUUCUCACCAACAACAAGUUACAUGUUACUCGUUUAAAGAUGUCAACAAUUGGUGGAUUGUGAAAAAACCAGAGCGAAAUGAUUUAGUUGUUACAAAACCUAGUGAACCAAUAAAACAUGGAGAUAUAAUACAAUUAGUACAUGGAAUUACAAGUCGAGCUUUAAAUUCACAUGAUGUUGCUGCCCCAAUGACACCUCAGAGUCAAGAGGUGUCUUGUUAUAUUGAUUACAAUGUAUCCAUGCCUGCCCAAAAUUUUUGGAAAGUGGAGGUUACUAACAAAGAUAAUACUGAUGAUGUUUGGCAUGCGAUUCAAAGCCAGAUUCGAUUAAUACAUGUAAAUACAGAUUAUGCACUAAAAUUUAGUGGAAGGCAAUUGCCUGACUGGGGCUUCAACCAGCAUGAAGUAGUGGCAGAUAGAUUAGUAGACCAAACAGACUCCAUAUGGAAUGUUGAAGAACAUAGAUAUACUAAAAGUGAAGAUCAGAAGCAAAGAGAAAGAGAAUUAAUUAAUGCUGAAAUGAUUCCAUUACAAGCAACUACUUUGAGCUUUUGGGAGAAAUUUGUAGAAUUGCAGAUAAAAAUGCUUUUCAAUGGUCAAGAAGGACAAAACAGUCAUAUGUAUUCUAGUGAUCCUUUAGAUUGGCCAUUAAUGUCUAGAGGAAUUGCAUAUUGGGUUUCUAAUGACAGUAAUGCUCAAGUGCAUUUAUUAGGGAAUAUAGCAAUUUGGUAUUCUGGAACGGCAUGUGUAAUUGUCUAUUCAUCUCUUUUAAUAUUUUAUAUGUUAAGACGGAAACGAAUGUGUUUUGAUAUUGCAUAUGAAGAGUGGAAGAAAUUUGUUAAUGUUGGAAGCAUGUUGUUAGCUGGAUAUUUAUUACAUUUUUUGCCUUUUAUAUUUGUUGAAAGAACUCUAUUUCUUCAUCAUUAUUUACCAGCAUUUAUUUUUAAACUACUGCUUACAGCAGCAACAAUAGAACAUUUAUAUUAUGUAAUUAGAGUUCGAUAUCAGCACAAUUUUUUGAUAUAUACAUUAAAGUUCUGUACUAUCGUAUGGAUGACCUUUAUUAUUUAUGUAUUUAAAAAAUUUAUUAUACUUAGUUAUGGCACAACUCAUUUAAGUGCCAAGGAAGUUUUAAAGUUCAGAUGGAAAGACACAUGGGAUUUUAUUAUACAUAAAACAUAAUAGACAAUCAAAGAUGUAAAGUUUUUUUAAGUAUACAUAUAUAAAAUUGUUA